AUGCCAGCAACCUACAGCACAACCAGACUCAACAACCUCGACUGUCAGAUGAGACAUUACAAGGGAGCCUACAAUCGCGACACGAUCAGAAUGAUUGCACAACGGCUCAGUGACGAUCUCUAUUUCGGUGGCUCUGCUGCUCGUCUCGAGGUCGCGAUCGAGAGUUACGUCAGAGUUGUCCACCUCAAACUAACCAACGAGCACUACACUUUAGACAAGGAGGGCGCCUUUGAGCCCAAGGGCAUCAUCCUCAAGCGAUACAACGAUGACAGAAUCCCUCCAUAUGGUUGA